AUGACUCUCGUCACCCGCUCUGCCCUCCGCGUCGCCCGUCGCAGCGGCGCCAAGACCGCUCGCGCCAACGCUGCGUUCUUCACCACCGCCGCUAAGACUGCCGCUGCCCUCCCCGAGGCCCGCGUCCAGGCUUCGCGCCCCACCGUUGCUUCCAAGCAGGUCCAGCAGACCCGCUCGUACGCUACCCCCGCCAACCUCCAGACCGGUGCCAUCAAGACCAUCAUUGGUGCCGUCGUCGACGUUCAGUUCGACUCGGAGGAGCUUCCCCCUAUCCUCAACGCCCUUGACGUUCAGUUCACUGAGGGCCAGGCCAAGCCCGAGGGCGGCCGCCUCGUCCUCGAGGUCUCGCAGCACCUCGGUGAGAACACCGUCCGUUGCAUUGCCAUGGACGGUACCGAGGGUCUCAUCCGUGGCCAGAAGGUCGUCGACACCGGUGCCCCCAUCACCAUCCCCGUCGGCCCCGAGACUCUUGGCCGUAUCAUGAACGUUAUCGGUCAGGCUAUCGACCAGCGUGGUGAGAUCAAGGGUACCGCUACCCGCCCCAUCCACGCCGACCCCCCUGCGUUCGUCGAGCAGUCGACCGAGGCUGAGGUUCUCGAGACCGGUAUCAAGGUCGUCGACCUCCUUGCCCCCUACGCCCGUGGUGGUAAGAUUGGUCUCUUCGGUGGUGCCGGUGUCGGCAAGACCGUCCUUAUCCAGGAGCUCAUCAACAACAUCGCCAAGGCCCACGGUGGUUACUCCGUCUUCACCGGUGUCGGCGAGCGUACCCGUGAGGGUAACGACCUUUACGCUGAGAUGCGCGAGUCGGGUGUCAUCAACCUUGAGGGUGCCUCCAAGGUCGCCCUUGUCUUCGGCCAGAUGAACGAGCCCCCAGGAGCCCGUGCCCGUGUCGCCCUUACCGGCCUCACCAUCGCCGAGUACUUCCGUGACGAGGAGGGCCAGGACGUCCUUCUCUUCAUUGACAACAUUUUCCGUUUCACCCAGGCCGGUUCGGAGGUCUCUGCCCUUCUCGGUCGUAUCCCCUCGGCUGUCGGUUACCAGCCCACUCUCGCCACCGACAUGGGUGGUAUGCAGGAGCGUAUUACCACCACCAAGAAGGGUUCCAUUACCUCCGUCCAGGCCGUCUACGUCCCCGCCGAUGACCUGACUGACCCCGCCCCCGCCACCACCUUCGCGCACCUUGACGCCACCACCGUCCUGUCGCGUUCGAUUGCCGAGCUCGGUAUCUACCCCGCCGUCGACCCCCUCGACUCCAAGUCGCGUAUGCUUGACCCCCGUAUUGUUGGCCAGCGCCACUACGACAUUGCUACCCGCACCCAGCAGAUCCUCCAGUCGUACAAGUCGCUCCAGGACAUCAUUGCCAUUCUCGGCAUGGACGAGCUUUCCGAGGAGGACAAGCUCACCGUCGAGCGUGCCCGUAAGAUCCAGCGUUUCAUGUCGCAGCCCUUCCAGGUCGCCGAGGUCUUCACCGGUAUGCAGGGUCACCUUGUCCGCCUUAAGGACACCGUCGACGCCUUCGAGGAGAUCCUUGAUGGAAAGCACGAUGCUGUGCCUGAAGCCUGUUUCUACAUGGUCGGCGACAUCGAGUCGGUCAAGGCGAAGCACGCCAAGGAGCUGGAGGCGUCCUCGUAA